AUGAAUAUGAGCUCUUUAAUUCUUUUUAGUUUGCUUUCCUUCAGAAAGAGAAGUGAAGGCAAAAAGAAACAUGAACUGAGGUCCUUCUCCAGGCUUAUGAACAACAUAACGCAAGGAGCAGAUGCAGAUUGCUGCAUGGGGCAGAGCUGCCAGACUAGAUUCCUGGGCAGGUGGGUCUGUUUCUUACUGAGGGAGAGAGAGAGCUGGCAGGGAGGUCAGUGUGGUGCAAACACACAGGCAGAAAUCCUGGAUUGGCUCCACAGGUGCAUUUCUACUGUGCUGUUUUACCACAAGCAUAGAAAAGAAUAA